AUGGUAUGGAAGGAAAACCUCCACGUUCAUAUUUCCGCUCCAUACCAAGGCAAUCGGUUUGAGGGAUUCAGAGGAACAUUCCAUCAUAUCACUAAUAACGGUUUCGAUCGUCUAGCGCCUUUGGUUUGGACACACAGCGAAGAUCCUUACCAGCCGUCAGACAUCGCCACGCACGUCGAAAAUACAAUACCGCAAAUCAAGUAUGAACCUGUCCAGGGGGUACCUUCACCGUUGACACUCGACAAUUUGGAUGAGUUGAAUGCACUUGGGGGUACGGAUAUUUUCUUAACGUCAAAAGAGGGUAUCCGUGCGCUCCCGCCCUGGCUCCAAGGCGUGCGGCCCAAUAAGAACGGCAAAACCGAAGGAGCUGUAAGUUCUGCGAUUAUUGUCACAGAACGUGGAGAUGGAGUCGUCGAUACGUUUUACUUCUAUUUCAACGCGUACAAUGAAGGCAAUACUGUCUUUGGUACUCAGUUUGGGAAUCAUGUUGGCGACUGGGAGCAUAAUAUGAUCCGUUUCGAGAACGGCCAACCGCAAGCAAUAUGGUACAGCCAGCAUGCUAGUGGGCAUGCUUUUGAAUGGAAUGCUGUUGACAAAAGGGGAAAUCGACCCAUUGUCUUUAGCUCCAACGGCAGCCACGCCGUCUACGCAACGGGGGGAGACCAUGAUCACACCAUCCCAGGAGUGGAGCUCCCAAUUGGGCUUCUGGUCGACAAGUGCGACGAAGGUUUUCUUUGGGACCCGACAUUGAGCACAUAUAUAUUCAAGUAUGACCGAACCGCGAAGCAAUUCAGCACAUACGACGGGCACACCCCGGUCAACUGGCUCAACUUCGACGGACAAUGGGGCGAUGAGCAGCUGCCUGACGACGCAGAGGGACAGAAGACACUAUUUGGGCAGCGAAAAUACUCGUCUGGGCCCAACGGACCCAAGUUCAAGGAGCUCGAUCGCAAAAAUAUUUGCCCGUCCAAGGUCGGGUCGUGCUUUAUUCGAAAGAGCCUGAAUUUGAAAGAAGAGGAGGAGCGUGAAUUAAAACGCGUGCGCGACGAGUCGGAGGCACCGUAG